GGUCUGGGCUCCACAGUGAACCAAAGCGGUCCGUCCACUUUCCCGCUGUCACUCCGCCUCUCUCUCUGUGGCAGGUCGCAAACAUGGCGAACGUGGUGCUGGAGUUCAAGGCUUCGGCCGGAGACUCGGAGCCGCCCAGCCGCCCGGUGCUCAUCGUCGGGCAGCAGAGCAACCUGCAGCAGGUCACCUGGAGCCAAGUGAAGGGGAAGCUGCAGCCGCUCGUCAGCAAAGAGGUCUGGCAGGCAGCUCUGAAGGGUUUGAACCCAAACCCAACAGACAGCUGCCCCCUGUACCUGAACCAUGCUACGGUGGCUGCCCUUCCUUCGCGGGUCAGCAGACACAACAGCCCGUCUUCUGCCCACUUUUUGUCCCGUCUGGUCCGCUCCUGUCUGCCUGGAGGGAACACUCGCUGCAUCGUGAUGGUGUGCGAGCGUUCAGAUGUGUUUGCAUCUUCUUGUGCCAUCUCUCGGGCCUUCCCCGUCUUCUCUCGUCGCUCCUCAUCCUCACGCAGGGCUGAGAAAAAGCACGUCACUGUGGAGUUUCUGAUCGUUGGACAAGAGAGCAGUGCCCUGGGUGUCGCAGAGCUUGAGUGUCUCUCCAAUGCUGCGGAUGGAGUGCGCCUGGCAGCUCGCAUUGUGGACACACCGUGCAAUGAGAUGAAUACAGAUCACUUCUUGGAUGAGAUCAAGGCUGUGGGAACUGAACUUGGAAUCACUCCAGUGAUCAUUCGUGGAGAGGAAUUGAAACAAAGAGGGUUUGGAGGUAUCUAUGGAGUUGGAAAGGCAGCAGAGCAUCCUCCUGCAUUAGCCGUCCUGAGCCACACACCAAAUGGUGCGACCCAAACCAUUGCAUGGGUGGGGAAGGGCAUUGUGUAUGACACUGGUGGACUCAGCAUCAAGGGAAAGACUACAAUGCCAGGAAUGAAGAGAGACUGUGGUGGAGCUGCUGCUAUUUUAGGAGCUUUUAAAGCUACUAUUAAACAGGGCUUUAAGGAUAACCUCCAUGCAGUGUUUUGCCUUGCAGAGAACUCCGUUGGCCCUACAGCCACACGACCUGAUGAUAUCCACACUCUCUACUCUGGAAAGACAGUGGAGAUCAACAACACUGAUGCCGAGGGCAGGCUGGUGCUGUCUGAUGGGGUGGUGUAUGCCAGCAAAGACCUGUCGGCUGAUAUUAUUCUGGAUAUGGCAACUCUGACGGGGGCACAGGGGAUCUCCACAGGUAAGUACCAUGCAGCUGUGAUGACCAACAGUGAGCAAUGGGAGGUUGCGUGUGUGCGUGCAGGACGCAGCAGCGGAGAUCUCGCUCACCCUCUGGUUUACUGCCCCGAGCUGCACUUCAGCGAGUUCACCUCUGCCAUGGCUGACAUGAAGAACUCAGUGGCAGAUCGGGAGAACGCACAGAGUUCCUGCGCCGGUCUCUUUAUUGGCUCCCACUUGGGCUUUGAUUGGUCCGGCGUCUGGGUCCAUGUUGACAUCGCCUCUCCUGUUCACAUUGGGGAGCGUGCCACAGGAUUCGGCGUUGCUCUGCUCAUGGCGCUCUUCGGUCAGGCAUCGGAUGACUCCAUGCUGAACCGCGUCUCUCCCCUGGGCGCAGCCUCCAACAUGACUGAAGACCCGAUGGAGCGUGACUGCAAAAGACGGAGACUGGUGUAGAACACGCCAAGCGGUUCUCUCCCUUACUCCGGCUGCUCUGCUGCCACCACCACACACCCAAACUGCCGACUCCAGCGCUCCUCAAUGUAACAUUUAACAUUUAAAACUGAAUCAACUGUGUUUGAUUAAAUUUGAACCGAUUUUAAAAUUGGCUGAAAAAAAAUAGAUAACCAUCAAUUCAUCAGAUAUGUAAUACAUGAUAAGAAAACGCAGGCCAUCAUUUGUCCUCAUGACGCUGCACUUCUCUGCACUGAUCGCCUCCGCAGCUUCUCCAUUUUUCAGUUGCUUUUGAGGAAGAUGCAUUGAUUGUCAUGAGAUCUGAAAAAGCAGGUGGUUUACAUUUAUGUCCGAGUUCAUUCAGAUCAUAGUGACUGUUCAACUUUUGUAUUUUAUGGCAUUGGUUCUUUGUCAUUGGUGUUUUACAGUUAAGGAUUUUACCACCUGAAACAAAAAACCUUGUUUUAAAAUAACCACCUCAACAGCAGGUAUCGUUGUCUGGUGACACUAAAUUUAGGAUUAUGCCAUAUUUUGUCUAAGACAUGUGGAAUAAUACCGUUUCCUGGUCAGUAAAACUGGACAUUUCCUUUUUUUUGUUAAACGCAGCACUUUGUUAUUUCCCUGUUAGCGGUUGGACUGCGUGAUCUCUGGACUAAAAUUGAGGAUUGAGUGCUUACUGCAGUUUUGAACAGUUUUACAAUUGUACCAGAUUAGUCAUUUACCCUGAAUGUUUCGUCAGCACAAAAAAGAUGUCAACGAAGUACUUUACAGAUUCCAGCGAAGUGUGAUGUUUUUUUCCACCCUUGUCAAUAAAGGAAGUGCCAUCUGA